UUUCACAAUUUUUUUUUAUUUUCUUGAUUAAGUUUCAGGUAUUUCUAAUGUCAAAUAAGAGUGAUAGCGAGGACUUUUUUGAGGAUGCUGUUGAUACUUUGGCUAAUUCCUCUUAUUGUGACGAAUUUUUCUCUCAAAGUUCCUUCCAAAAUUCCAUACCGCCUCCAUUAGGCCCUCCACCGCCUUUGCCUGAUCAUUUAACUUCACCAGAAAAUGAGCUUCCUCCUUCAUUACCAAUUUCACCAACAUCACCAAUUCCGCCUCCAUUACCACCAAGAAGGCCUUUGCCAAAAAAUUCAGAACAACAACAAAUAGCUAAUGCUGUCACUUCUUCCUCAGAAACUACUGCAACAACAAGUCCAGACCAACAAUUUUAUGGUCGUCAACGGGGACAUGCCAAAACAAAUUCAUUGGAUCGAGGUCUUUCUCUAGCAAAGUGUAUGAAAAUAGGUCCAUUUCCACCUCCAACUUCUUCAAAAUCAAAUUCCUUGACGCGUGGUGUUUCUCCAAGCGAAAUACUCCCAGUUUUGGAUGAAAAGGAUACCCAAGCACAAGGAGUAAUUUUAGGGGUUAUUCAACAAGUACUUCGAGAUAAUUCUUCUGUUGAUGGAAAUAGCAAGGAAAGAGAGGUGGAUGAUGGGGCAUCAACUUCUACAAGUAUAUUACCUACAAUAAGUGCUAAAAGUUCGUCUUUCUCUUUACAAAGAAGUAAAUGUGAUGAAAACGAAGGUGAAAAAACUCCAAAUUGUCAAAAGAAAACCAGCUUUCCGCAUUAUGAAAAUGUAAAUACAGAUCAAUCAACAGAUUCUAUUAGGCCGAAAAAGUUUUUUAGCGAUAAUGUAGAACAAAGGCAUACUCUAACUGGGAAUAGUAAAAAACGAAUAGAUGAAAAACAACAUAGGAGAAGUGCUUCUGAUAAAUCACCGACAAGGGUCAAAACCUCCACUUCAAACAGCCAGAAAUCUUCAACUUGGGGAAGAUCAAUGGAUUCUCAAAAGUCAGAAUCGAUCGAUCCGAUAACUAGAGAUGUUGAACGAAGAAUGUCUUUGAAAGAUAAACCUUCACUUUCUAAUAGUAAAAAUGAAAUCGAGGGAAAUGAUGGUUCUUCUACAGAUGAUGUUUUUGCACAGAAACAUUCAAAUGUUGAAUAUAUCAGAAGAUUUGCUCGUAAUUAUGGAACGGCUGCGUCUGAUUAUUUUCGUAAUACAGUACAGAAAGUUAGGCAACAAGCUGCUAAUUUAACGAAAAACAAAAAACCAGAAAUUGUUGGCGGUGAAAAUGACAUGGAUGGAGUUUCUUCACCUGGCGAUAGUGAAGAAAUAUCUAUUGGACAAUGUAUUUCAGACCCUGUGACAGUCCCUGGCUCUACUCAAUUUUUUAGAAAAAUUCGGCUAACUAAUUCUGCUGAACCUCCCACCGUUCGUGCUGCUUCUGCAAAUACUGCUCAAGCGCCAAUAUGUCGGCCUAAAAAUGCUAAAAAGGGUCCUUUUGAUUUUGAGCAACUACGUUUAGUACAAGAACUUAACCACGAACAUCUUGGGGCUAUUUGGUGUAUUAAAUUUAGUGAUUGCGGUCGAUUAUUAGCAACGGCUGGUCAAGAUAGAAAUGUUAGAGUCUGGGUUCUCCGCUCACAAUUAGAUUAUUUUUCUUCUCUGCGUGAGCGUUAUGGCCAUGAAGUUGCUGAUAAUUUAGAUUAUUCUGCAAUGCAACACAUUGGAAAUAUGAGAUCCGAAUUUUAUGAAAAUGGGGAAGAUAUGAGUGAAAGACAAACAACUGCAAGCUCUCCUGAAGAAUUGAAAAAAUUGGGAGGGUUACUGGCUGGUGGGACUGAUAAAUCAACUGGAUAUUCUGCUGUGCCUUCUACGUCCUCUGAUUCCUCGACCACUUCUUCUGCGCGUCGAAAUGAAUUAAAUGGUGGAACUGUUCCAGGACCUAAAAAAGCAACCAGGACCAAUUCAUCAUCUUAUCAUAUUUUCUCUUCAAUCCCUUUUUGUGUUUUUCGUGGCCAUACCGCUGAUGUUCUCGAUCUUUGUUGGUCUCCUCGUAAUUUUUUUAUUCUUUCAUGUGGAAUGGAUAGAACUGUAAAGCUUUGGCAUUUAACUCGUAAUGAAUGUCUUUGUUCUUUUCAACAUGUCGAUUUUGUUUCCUGUAUUGCUUUUAUGCCAAAAGAUGAUCGUUAUUUUAUUUCUGGUUCGUUGGACGGAAAAAUUCGCUUAUGGAAUAUACCAGAAAAAAGAGUGAUAAUUUGGAAUGAAGUGGAAGAAGUCAAAAAAUUCAUAACAGCAAUAACUUUUGUCAAAAAUGGAAAAUUUGUUGUUGUUGGAACUUAUUCUGGACGGUGUUUCUUCUACUCUACAGAUCAAUUAAAAUAUCAUACAGUUAUUGAUGUGAGAUCGUCGAAAGGAAAUGCUCGUGGCCGAAGUUACAAAAUUACUUCGUUGGCAGUUCAUGGUGAUAAAUUACUCGUUACUUCAAAUGAUUCUCGAAUUCGCAUUUAUGAUUUGCGAGAUAUGGAUUUAUGUUGUAAAUUUAAAGGUGCUCAAAUAGAUCAAAGUCGUAUUCGUUCCGCCUUUUCGCCCGACGGAAAAUAUAUUGUUAGCGGUGGUUCUGAAGACAAUUUUAUUUAUCUUUGGCGAACUUCUGGACCCCCGCCUUCUUUAACUGUUAGAAAUGAUAGGAACCAUGCAUGGGAAAGAGUUCGUGCACAUCAAGCAGUUGUUACCACUGCUGUAUUUGCCCCUAAACCUCAACUUAUCCUUAAUUGGAUUAUUGAACAACAGAAAAAGCAGGCCAAUAAUGUUUCAUUCAAUGCAACUGAAUCGGCUGUUACUCCACAGUCCACUCGAAGAAAUACCCAAGGGAUUGAUAACAACAGCAUUAAUAAUCAAAGGCAACAUAUAGCUGCAAGCGUCGAUAGACCUUUCCUUGCUUUAACAAGUCGACUUGGAUUACCUGCAGCUAAUUUGUCGGAAAUGCAACUACGACGACAUAAAAUGUCAGUUGCUGCUUCUUUGGGGUAUUCCUCGUCUUCAUUACUUAGUAUUCCUGGAAGUGCUUCAUUAUUGCAUGGAGAGAUUGUGAAUGAUCCACGUGAGAAACGCACAUUAGGUGACGUGAUCGUUUCAGCUGAUCUAUGUGGAUCAAUAAAAAUAUUUGUUAAUGCACUCAGACUUCAAGCAGGGGGAUCAAAUUUCUUUCCGAUUUAUUAA